GGUACUAAUGGCACGGAAGACUAAUUAUAUAUGAUAGCUUACGACGAAUAACAAUAAUAGGCCCUAUAUAAUAUAAAUGUAGCCUAUAUAAAGACCACAAAAUGUAUAUAAAGAUCACGCCGUAAUACAAAAUUAAACGUAUCAAUACUAUAUGUAUAUGAUUAUUCAGAUUAAUUUAUAGUGAGCUGACUCAUUAUCUUCACACAAUCAAUCGACAUUUGUUACCCGGUAGUAAGUUAAAAGUAAUCCUAUAUCAAUGCUCACACAAGUCGUAAUAUUGAGCAUAGGACAGAUUGAGAUACAUAAAUUCAGAAUGUCCCAGAACCGUACAAUUAAGUUAACGAACAAACCGUCUAUUCUUUUGAAUGACAAAGACAAUGAGACCUUAUUCAAUUCAUUAGGGAAAAGUUGUGUGACUUUAGCUACAGCUGUUAUACAACUUUAUUUAUCAGAAGAACCAGAAAAUAAAAAAUGGAACAAACGAUGUUGUGGUGUUGCUACUUUUAUAAAAGACAAUCCUCAAAAAUCUUACUUUAUUAGGGUUUAUGAUUUAAAAACACAAUCAAUGAUAUGGGAACAAGAAUUGUACACCCAGUUCCGAUAUAAAUCACCACGAGAUUAUUUUCAUACUUUUGAAUGUGAAACUGUUCAAGCUGGCCUUAAUUUUGCUAGUGAAGACGAGGCUAAUUUAUUUAAAAGUGCCAUAGAACAAAAGCUGCUAGAGAGAAGUAACCGACGGACUGCAAGAAAAAAGAACACAGUGAAGAGUCCAAAUCCACCAAACUUUCCGAAUAUUUCGCCUCUAGCAGUGUCGGAACCACUAACAAAUCCAAAUGUUGGUAAGGGCAAAGAAAGGAAAACCAGUACAGGAAGUGUUCAAAGUCUCAAGAAAAAGAAAUUUAGCAAAGAAGAUAUUGGAAGUCCAUCAAACUUCACGCGUGUUGCUCAUAUUGGUUUUGAUCCAAUACAAGGAUUUCAGAUGAAGAAUAUGCAACCAGAAAUGAGAAGAUUAUUCGAAUCUGUUGGAAUAACGCCUGAUGAUACAGCUGUAGACAAUGACACAGUAGAGUUUAUUUAUGACUUUGUAGAUCGACAUGGCGGCAUAAAUGCCGUCAAUCAAGAAAUAUCACUUGGACCUACUGCUAUUGCCCCAGGAAAAAAGACUAGAGCUUUGCCCUCUAUUCCCGGGGAUGAAGCUUUGAAACCACAUGAUCCACCUAAUCGAGUACCACCGAAAGUACCUAAUCAUAAACGACCAGCUCCAAAACCACCAAUAGAUCAAGUUCGAGGCCCGGGUUCAAUACCAAAUGGGCCUCCGCCUCCACCGCCCCCACCCCCGAUAGGAGGAGGGCUACCACCACCACCACCACCUAUAAUAGGAGGUGGUUCUCAUGCUCCGAUACCACCAUCAUUACAGAGCAAGCCACCUGUGUCACCACAAGAAUCAAACAAUGGCCCUAGAGCUAACCUAAUGGAAUCUAUUCGAAUGGGUAUGCAAUUGAAUUCGGUUGAAACUGAUUGUGUAGAACCUGUUGAUGGCGACCGGGGGAGUUUACUAAAGGCUAUUCAAUCUGGUGCUAAUCUCAAGAAGGUUGAACAUGUACCCACUGCUAAACGUCCGACUGUAGAAGAUGGGGGUGGAAUAGUGGGAGCUUUAGCUAGAGCUCUAGCUGAAAGACAAAGAGCUGUUCAUGGUUCAGAUGACGAAGAUGAUGAUAUUGAUGGUAUCGAUGACGACGAUGAUUGGGAUGAUUAAUAAGUUGACAUUACAUAAUAUUUAAAUGUUGUCAAUUAAAAACAAACGUUAUGAAUUAAAUGGUCGCAGUUUCGAGACAGUCUACA